UUAAAAACCCAGCAAAGCUCGGGCGGUUAGCAUCUAUGCAUAGUGUUCUAAGUGACAGAAAAAUUUUAAUUUUCUUUGAAAUAAAUUCUUCGAACGCACAACGAUUAUUCCACAUAUACAAAUUAAUUUCCUAAUCUAAUAUCAUUUAUAAUUUGGCGUAGAUCAAAAUUAAACGAAGGCGGUUGAAUAGCUGUCUUACUGGAAGCAGAUAAUGAAGGAAAUUUAUUUUUGUAUUGCUAUACUGUUUUGCAACUUGAAAUUUACGAAAGCACAUUAUACUCAACAGUGGGCGGUGCACAUCCAGGGUGGCAAAGAAGUAGCCGAGGCUGUAGCUAGGGACCAUGGUUUCACCAACCAUGGCUUGAUAUUCGACGAUCAUUAUCAUUUUUCCCAUAGUGAUGUAGUCAAGCGGUCGUUGAGACCAAAUGUAGAAAAGCGGGAGAAACUCGCAGUUGAUACUAGAGUUAGUUGGGCUCAACAACAAAGGGCUAAGAGGAGAGUGAAAAGAGACUUAAAAGUACAAGAUAGUGAUCCAAAAUGGCCCUAUAUGUGGUAUUUAAACCGAGGAGGUGGUCUUGACAUGAAUGUCAUACCAGCUUGGAUGGAAGGCAUUACGGGUAAAGGAGCUGUGGUAACAAUUUUAGACGACGGAUUGGAAAAAGACCAUCCAGAUCUUCUACAAAAUUAUGACCCUAUGGCUUCCUACGAUGUAAACGGACAAGACUCGGAUCCCAGUCCACGAUAUGAUAUGAUUGAUUCAAACAGACAUGGCACAAGAUGCGCCGGAGAAGUGGCCGCGACCAGCAACAACUCCGUGUGUGCUCUUGGAGUUGCACACGGGGCUCAAGUAGGAGGUGUCAGGAUGUUAGAUGGUGAAGUUACCGAUGCCGUUGAAGCCAGAUCGCUCAGCUUGAAUCCGCAUCACAUAGAUAUUUACAGCGCUUCAUGGGGCCCCGAUGAUGAUGGAAAAACUGUUGACGGACCAGGAGAACUCGCUAUGCGGGCUUUUAUCGAAGGAGUCACAAAGGGUCGCAACGGUAAGGGUUCUAUUUUCGUCUGGGCGUCUGGAAAUGGCGGCCGAGAUCACGAUAACUGCAAUUGCGAUGGUUACACCAAUUCCAUCUACACCUUGUCAAUUUCAAGUGUCACCGAAAACGGUCAUGUGCCUUGGUAUAGUGAAGCUUGCAGUUCCACUUUAGCCUCAACCUACAGCAGUGGAUCAGUUGGCGAAAAACAAGUAAUUACAACGGAUUUGAAGCACUCUUGUACGAGCAGCCAUACAGGAACGAGUGCCUCGGCACCCCUGGCAGCUGGAAUUUGCGCUCUAGCCCUCGAAGCUAAUCCGAAUCUUACUUGGAGGGACAUGCAGCACAUUGUGGUGAGGACUGCGCGCCCGCACAAUAUAGUUACAGGCGAUUGGCAAACCAACGGCGUCGGCAGGCGCGUAUCCCACAGCUUCGGCUACGGCUUAAUGGACGCCUAUGCCAUGGUGCAAUUGGCGAAAAAUUGGACGACGGUCCCCGAACAGCACAAAUGCGAGGUGACCGCACAAUUGGUGCCUAAGCAUAUUCCACCGAAAAGCAUGAUAACUCUUCAACUGCAAGUCAAAGAGUGCGUCGGCGUCGAUGUAUUGGAGCACGUGCAGGCGAAAUUAACGAUAUUUUCACAGAGAAGGGGCGAUUUGAAAAUACAAUUAACAUCUCCAUUGGGAACUAAAGUUGUGUUAUUGGCUAAUCGACCCCAUGAUAACUCCAGGGGAGGUUUUAACGUAUGGCCUUUUAUGUCGGUGCACUCGUGGGGCGAAUCGCCUUAUGGAACUUGGCAGCUAGACAUCCACAAUGACGGAAGAUUGUUAGGCGAAGUAAAAUCUUGGCAAUUAACCCUUUACGGUACGUCCACACCGCCAGCUUACGACUUGCAAGGCAAAGCUGUUAGUACGAAUACAAUACCUGAUACUAUUAGUGAUGACAUUUUGCUCAAUUCGAUAUACGAUUCGUCUUCAAAUUGGGAAAGCGGAGCAGAAAAUCGUAAGGACAUUUUAGAAGUCGAAGAGAAGGAAACGUCGGGUUGCUCUCGAUAUAACGGCAAUUUAUGUUUAGAAUGUUUACCAAACUACCAGUUACAUAAAGGAAUUUGCAUACCAUCAUGCCCAGACAAAUUCUACAACAAUUUAUUGGAUUUAGGUGACGCAUCGGUAGAGAGCCUUUCCGGUAAUCAGACAUGCUCACCGUGUCAUUACACCUGCAAAAAUUGUAAAGGGUCUUUAGAUUCCGAUUGCUUGGGGUGUUUUGGCGAUGCUAAAUUGGUACAGUUAUCCGAUGAGUCCUAUUGUUAUCCUAUUCAUUUGAUUCCUGACAUAAACACGGAAAUAUGGUAUUACCGGUUUUUCGUUAUCCUGUGCAUUGCACUACUCAGCCUGACAACAGCAGUGAUUUUUUAUUGUUUUUGCGUUAAAAAUAAAAAAUCAGAUUACAGGAAAGUAAACUGUGACAUUGUUGCUCAUCAAAUUGGAGGAAUUGAAAAUGACAUGAAAUCAAAUAUUUAUACCGAUAACUAUUGAUUGUAGUAAUGGUUGACCAACGGGACGAAAAUGGCACCAAAUUUAUUCAAAUUAUUUAAUACAUUAGGUAUUUGUCAUUGAAAUUAUGAAUGCUAGUCCUUUGUUGCCAUUUAUGCAUUGGAAAUUGGAUAAACUUAUAAAAUUAUUUACAUCUAUAACAAAAUAUUUUACACCUAUAAGUUCAUACCAAUCAAUGAACUAUUUAUUAUAAUUAUCUAUAAUUAGAACACAAGUUUUUUUGUUCUUAUACAUUCCUAUUUUUAGUCAAGUGCACAAUUUUAUUAGUCUUUGUUUUAAUAAUUAUAAUUAUGUUUUCUCGUUUCCUAUUCACAGCAUUGCAGUUGUCAUUUCAAAAAGCGUCGUUCUGCGCACUUUUAUUGAAUUAAUAUAAUUACUGGUUUAGAAAACGAAAACUGUUAUAAUUCGAACGAAGACGAUUAAUUGUAGAUGAAAUGUGAUAAAAGCAAUUCCAGCUCAAUAAUUCCAUUUAUUAGGAUAAUUUAUUAACUAAAAAUACGUAAUAUUUUAAACGAAGAGAAAAAUUAUGUUUUAAGCGCUGAGAAAUGAAUUAUGUAUAAUUUUUUAUAACUAGUAGUUUGCGUUGAAUGUUUAUAAUUCUCAUAGCUUAUUAUUUGUUUGGUUUUUGAUUAUAAAAUACGUUAUAUUGAAUUGGUUUUGAUUUAAACAAUAUUUAGAGUUAUUCAAGCCAUUUUAUUGUAUGAUUAACGACAUAAUUAUAAUUUCCAUUGUUACGUGUAUAAGUUUAGAUAGGACAGUUUUGUCGAUUUUAUGUAAAUAUAAAUUAAACAGCGCUUAUAUAAUUUGUUCAUAUAUCCCAGUAAGAAAUUCAAAAAAAGUCGGUACUUACAUUCGAUCCCAAAUUCAAUGACAAUAAUCUGUAAAGUGCCUUACUAUUGAUGUAAUUUUAAAAUAUUUUACAAUAAAAAAAAUUAAUUAAA